CAACAAUCAAACACCAGUAACUAGGGUCCACUUAUUACCACACCCACUGCGUAACACAAGAUAACCUCUCCAGAUAAUUAAACUUUCUUAAAUUUAAAAAAAAAAAAAUAAUUAAAAAAAAUUUGUGGAGGAAAGUCCAAAUCCCUUGUACCAAUAACCAAUCUCAUUUCCACCCUUCACCCACCUUUCCUUGUUUCUCUCUCUUUUUCCUUUUCUCUCUCCUCCAACCCCAUCAAUGGCCGCCGAAUCUCCUUCACCGCCGCCGUCGUCCCCUCCACCGGCGGCGAUGGCGGCGGCGCAGUACUGGUGCUACCACUGCGACAAACGAGUCUCCGUCGAAACUCUUCCUGGUCAACCCGAUGACGUCAUUUGCAACGAGUGUAAGUUCGGCUUUGUCGAGUCUAUUCCUACCACAUCUUCUACCACCAACGCCGCCGCCAUUCUCUCUCCUUCUCCUUCUCCUUCUGACCACAUGGACGAAGGUACCCUCGGAAAUACGUUUCUUCAGGUUCUCCGCCUCCUUGCUGAGGUGUCGCGUGAAGACCUCGCGCCGCGGCCUCCACCGCCGCCUCCUCAGGCUAGACCUCUUAACCCUGCUGAUCCGUCUCCGGCCGAUGAAUCUGACUUCUUACGCAUCGUAAUCGACGGCUGGGAUGAAGACGAAGAAAGCAACAACCGCAACGUUAAUCGCGAAGAUGAGGAUGAUGAUGAUGAGGAGGAGGACGAUGAUGAUGAUGAGGAUGUGCGGAGUGUUGAGAUCGAAGGACAGUCUGAUGAUGAUGAAGAGGAGAGAGAAGAAGAUAUUCGGCGGCGGCGGAGAGAUGUGCUCCGUCUUCGACUCCGCGAUUUCGCUAAUCGUGCUCGAAGUGAAGGGAGAAACAGGAUCUUAGAUUGGGCGGAAAUUCUGAUGGGAUUAGAGGAUAAUUCAAUUGAAUUUCGCUUCGAAAUGCCGGAGACUACGGAUCGGUAUAUCGGACAUCCGUUGGAUUAUGUCGAUGAGGCCGAGUACGAGGCGUUGUUGCAGAAUUUGGCGGAUGCGGAGGGGAGGAGAGGGGCGCCACCAGCGGCGAAAGGGGCAGUGGAGUGUUUGAAAGUAGUGGAGAUCAAGACGGUGGAUGAGAGUUAUGUGUGCGCUAUUUGCAAAGAUGGAGUUAAUGUCGGGGAGUUUGUCAAGGAGAUGCCUUGUGGACAUGGAUAUCAUGGCGAUUGCAUUGUGCCGUGGCUCGAGGCGAGGAAUUCGUGUCCGGUGUGUCGGUUCGAGUUGCCAACGGAUGAUGCUGAGUAUGAGGAGGAUAGGAAGAAGAGAUUUCCUGCAUUUCCUGGUAGUUCAUCAGGGUCUGCUGGUGGGAAUUCAGUUUGAAUUGAAUUAUAUGGAAGAAGAGAAAGAAAGAUAGAGCAGUUUAUUCAAAGAUGUAUUGAAUUGGUGAUGUCAAUCAGCAACAGUGUAUGAGGCGAACAUAAUAAAGCAAGCACCAAUUGAAGCCGCCUUUCUAUUGUGAGUGUCUUCUCAACAGGUCCAAAGUUUAUGACAAGGCAUGCCUUCUGGUUGAUUGGCAAUAUAAAUAAAGCAGCUGAGGAAUCCCAUUUGGUCAUAAUCUUCCCUUGUAUAAUUGAUAUUGUAACAGAUUUGACAUAUGGAGUAUUUUUUUUCUUUUUCUUUUCCCCUUCCCCUUCUUCGCACCCCCCCCCCCCCCAUCCCUUUCCCCCACCGGGUUUUUCUCAGUUUGGAGCAUCAGAAUUUUAGUCUUGGAUGGUGCCAUGUUGAGGUUCUUUUGAGCCCUUUACUUACAUCUGUGGUUUGAAGCUCAACUCAUGUCGCAUCACUGAUGCAUAGAAGUUUCGACAUAGGAGUUGUCACCCAUGUCAGUUGUCAUAGUAGUCGAGGGGCAUUACACACUGUUCAAUUGAGCUGUGAUUUAUGAGAUGAGAAACAAAAUUUGUAUCACAGUGCAUUGGCUAUUAUGCAAUCUGCAUCUGCAGCAUUUGGGAAAUUGGCAGUUUCAGUGUUUUUUGUGACUGAUUUCUGACUAGUGUCCCGGUAUUGGAUCUUGUAUUGGAAAUUGACAUUCUCCAGGAAAGCAGCGCUCAUGCUUUUUUAGGAAAUAUAUGCACAGUUUGUUUGAUCCAA